AUGGGACAGAUGACAGUUGCUUUGAUUGGCAGAGCACCAAGCAGCUUACCAAGUAACACGAAAAUAAACCCGAAGGAGCAUGCUAAGGCAAUUACAACUCAAAGUGGAAAGCAGCUGUCGAAAAUUCAUGUAAAAAGGUCAGGUGCACAUCAAGAAACAGAAUCUCCAAUGAUAGAAGAACCAAUAGAUCAUGAUGAGCAAAUAGAAGAAUCCACCCCAAUUGAAAAACCAAGCAAAACGUUAAAAAAGCAGAAGUUGGAGCAUCAAUACAAGAAAUUUCUUGAAAUCUUCAAGAAACUCCACAUCAACAUUCCAUUUGCCGAUGCACUAUUCCAGAUGCCUAGCUAUGCAAAGUUCCUGAAGGAUAUACUAUCAAAUAAAUGCAAGCUAGGGGAUCACGAGACAGUUAUGCUAACAGAGGAAUGCAGUACCAGAAUUCAGAAAAAGCUCCUACCAAAAUUGAAAAAUCCAGGGAGUUUUGCCGUCCCUUGCACGAUUGGUGAAGUUUAUUUCGAUAAAGCUUUGUGUGAUCUUGGUGCAAGUAUAAAUUUAAUGUCUUUAUCUGUUUUCAGGAAGCUUGGCUUGGUAGAGGCUAAGGUAACUACUGUAACGCUGCAACUGGCUGACAGGUCAUUAACACAUCUCAGGGGAAUAAUUGAAAACGUGCUUGUCAAAGUGGAAAAGUUCAUAUUCCCUGUGGAUUUCCUAAUUUUGGACAUGGAAGAGGAUAAGGACAUUCCACUGAUACUGAACAGACCAUUUUUGGCAACAGGAAGAGCCUUAAUCGAUGUUCAGCACGGGCAAUUGAUUUUGAGACUAGGAGAAGAAUAG